ACAUGUUGCUGAAGCGUGUUCGUUUUUCAAGUCGAAUGCCCAGUUGCUGGGCUCGUCCUCACAUUCCAAUUGUAUCGAACGAAAACGAACCGAGCCGUGCAGGACAUGCUUUCGAGUGCGAAGAAGGUUGAAUACAUCCGCCAAGUUGGGCUCAUUCCACUGCAUCGCGACAUGUGCUGUGUGAUUGCUCACCAGAUAGACCAGAAACUGCACAUGAACUCAUGCCAAGAAGCGGAAGGUCAUCUGAUGGUCAACAAAUUCGUGCACGGGAGUUAUCUGUUGUUGGACUCCCCAUAUAUGCCACAAAACGAACUAUGGUAGAAGCUGUUGUGGAUGCUGUCGCCGGCAUUGCCCGAGGCGAAACACCCAACGCACUGUUCACAGCGUUAGCCGCUUUAGUAUCGGAUGGGCUUAAGGAAGGCAUUACGUCAUGGAAUAUGAUUCGCACCGUUACUGCACCU